AUGCCAGGCUGCUGUCUCUGGGUCCCCAGCUCUGUACUCUUACUGCUACUCCUCUUGCCUCCAUCCCUGCUCAACACGGGGAACUUCAGGCAUCAGGGCCCUGACUGGAGAAACUCCCAUGGAUUUGACUUGGGCUCUGGAAGUUUCCACCCUCGCCAGGGCCAGGACCCAGACCCAAGGAACAGCUGGUACCAGAAGUUAUUUCAGGGGCCAUGCCAGGCCACCCCUGACAUCUAUUUUGUCUUGGACAAGUCUGAGAGCACGACCCACGCCUGGCCGCAUAUUUACAACUUUGUGGUGGAGCUAGUGAAGAAGAUAUCAAACCCAAAACUGCGAGUGUCCUUCAUCACCUUCUCCUGUAAGGGAAACAUCAUCCAGCCCAUCACCGGCAACAGCAAAGAAAUCAAGAGGGGUCUGGAGAGGCUGAAAUACACCCUCGCUGCGGGACACCCACUCAUUUACAUAGGACUCUGGAAGGCAAAUAAUCAGAUCAAAUGGGUCAACUCCAAAGGUCCCCGGGCUGUCAGCCUGAUCAUCUCUGUGCUCAACAGCUAUCUGAGCGAUGAAACCUACAAGUACGCGCUGGUGGAGGCUGAUGAUGCUCGGAUGCUGGGGGCAUCUGUGAUUACUGUGGGUGUGGGCGGAUCUCUCAGACAUCAGGUAGAAGGAUUAUCAGGUGGACCACACAAUGCUUUUCCAGGAAGAAAAGUUGAGGAGCUGAAUGAACUCAUUUUACCACUAGCUGCCAAGGCCUGUCCUUCCAUUAAGUCUGUGGACAAUCGUACUAUAUGUGUCAGAGCGCCGGGCCAAGUGGUCGUCCGCGGGUAUGGCUUCGACUUCGUCAGGCAGCUGGAGGAAGUUAUUUGCAAAUUUGAGUUCAGUGACUCGACUACCAGUGAAGUAAAAGCCAUCAAUAUAACAUCGAGUACCGUAACGUGUCCAGCUCCAUAUGUAAACGAGGCCGGAAACGUGAUCUUUGUUGAGGUCAGCGUGGACAAUGGAACAAACUUCCUGAACAACAACAUUUUCGUUUCUAGCAGAACAUGUCCAAGCAGCGGUCCGCUUACAACCAAACCCACAACCAGAUGGAUAGUGACGAGGAGGACGACGACCACCACGACCACCACGACCACCACGACCACUACAACCACGACCACGUCCACAACCACCACCACCACGACCCCCCAAACAACCCCAAAGCCAACCACCACUACAACUACACCGACCACGGCGACGCCCACCACGACAAGCCUGCCCACCCCCACCCAGAAACCCCCUCCCAGCAAAUUUAUUUUUGUCCCCAUUGGGAUGUCCCUUCUGCUGGCUCUGUUGCUGUUUGGUUGUUUCUGGCAACUGUCCCACCCACCGUCAAGGAAAAGGAAACCGCAGCCUCCCCCAGCACCUGCGCCGCCCGUGUGCCCCACCGUGAUCGUCUGCUGCUGCGCCUGCCGCGGCGUGUGUGUGAGCAGAGGCGUGGAGGGAAAUGUCACUGUGGGUAACUUCCCUCUACCCAGCUGCCACCAGCUGCCGUUGAUGUGGUCCAGGGAUCAGGAGCAGUGUUCCAACCUGGCCUUUCUGAAGGCUCUCAGUGCCCAGGGCCCCUGCAGCCCGAGGGUUAGCCUGCCACCUAGCCGAGAGUGCCUUCCUCUGACCGACUGCGCCACCUGCUACCAUCUCACAGCCAGCUGCUCCCGUACACCUUCCCGGCUACUGCCCCUAUUGCCUUGCCUAGCCUGGGAGGUCCCCAGAGCCCCCAAGUCACUCCCGCCCAUGUAG